AUAAAAUAACUAUAAAUAUAAAGAAAACAACCACAAAAUCAGUCAAAAUGAAGUCGAUUAUUGUGAUUUGUUUGUGCAUUAGCUCGCUUUGGGCUCUGCCUUCCCCUAAGCCGAAGCCAGUGUCCGUCCAGAAACAUCCCGGCGGACGUAUAGUCGGCGGAAAGGAGGCUGCAGAAGGACAAUUCCCAUAUCAAGUAGCCGUUUAUUUCGAUACCAGUGAAGGAACUUACUUCUGCGGUGGUGCUUUGAUUGCACCAAAUUGGGUAUUGACGUCUGGACAUUGCACUUAUCAUGCUACAGUGUUUACCCUUCACUUGGGGGCAAACUCGCUGGUAGAUGAUGAUGACAACAGGGUGACUCUAGGAGCAAGCUAUUCCGUAUCACAUCCAGAUUACGACCUGGACACUUUGGAAAAUGAUAUCGGUCUUAUCAGAAUUGACACAAACUAUACUAUGAAUGAUCAUAUCGCGGUAAUUCCUCUUGCUGGUUCCGACCUUGGCGCCGAUGUUUCUGUAACUGUCAGUGGAUGGGGGGCUUCUGGUGAUUGGGAUGGUGUUCUCAAUGAUCUUAACUACGUUGAACUGUCAAGUAUUUCUAAUGCUGACUGUAAGGCAAUUUAUGGUGAAGCCACUAUUACUGAUGGUAUGGUUUGUGCAGUUGGACCAGGUAACGAAGGAACUUGCAAUGGAGACAGUGGUGGCCCAUUGGUAACCUAUGAUGACAGCGGUAGAGCCGUCCAUGUUGGUAUCGUAAGCUGGGCUAGCUCAGUUGGCUGUGAAACCAAUCAUCCAUCUGGGUACACGAGAACCGCCAGUUACAUAGACUGGAUUCAAAGUGUGAUAUUCUAAAAAUUGUGACGUUGUUUUAAUAUAAUAUUGAAAAUUUAA